GACCAUUGACUUGGGAACGCCUAUCUAUGCGGCAUUUUGAGGGGGAGGAGCCUUGAUUAGCGAAAUUCCGGCUAGAACCGAAGGCCCUGUAAGAUAAGGGAAAGAACGUCGUCACAAAAAACGUAUUUCCAGUCCGUUUAUCGUAGCCGCUCGCUUUCUUCCUGCCUUUCUUUUGUCACAUCUGCCAGAGGCACGGAUAAUCUCUCUGCGACGGUCUGCGUGUCUUCCGCCAGCCUUGUGACAUUUUCCGACGCCUCUCCUCUUUUUCUCAACUUCUCCACAAAAAUUUGUAUUUCUCAUUGAACCAUCCCCUUGCUUUUCUUACCCUGUUCCAACGAACUUCAGUUCAGUCGCUCUUUGCUGCCAUUAUUCACUGUCUUGCGAUAUAAGCUGAUCCUUUUUUGGGUCGGUUCUUCGUAGAUUCCGCGCGUCCCUCCCGUCGCUUGCGUUUCCCCCGCGAGGGAAAAACUGCCGUUUAAGCGCGAAUUCCUCUUCUUUUCUGUGUAUUUUUUCUCCCAACCGGCGACGACUAUGGCGUCCUCGACUCCCACCCAAGUGAACGCGGCAAAGCCGGAGGAGCUGGCAAGUUCCAGCAGCACUCUUUCCCCCAUUUCUUCUCCUCCUUCAUCGCAAGGAGAGAACGAAUCUUUCUUCACUCGCCUCUCCAAAAACCUCUCUUCAUACACGCUAGCCUGCAAAAACGUCUCGAACUUUUCAGACUGGAUGCAGCUCAACAACAAGUACCUUGGAUCGAGCAUUCUGUACACAGACGAGAUCGGCACCGGACUCAUUUUUGGUUACUGCGCAGGCUAUGCUGUAAACCGAGCGCUUCGCUUCGGUGCUUUGCUGUGUGGAAUCGGAUUCAUUUCCGUGCAGACCCUCAGCCACUACGGCUACAUCCGUGUGAACUGGAAGCAGGUGGAAGAGGACCUGAUGAAGCCGCUGGACAUGAACGGCGACGGAAAGUUUGACCACGAGGACAUUACAGUCAUCAAAAACUCGUUUAUGCGAAUGCUGGCACAGGGUCUGCCCUCGACAGCAGGACUGUCUGUUGGCUUGCUGUGUGGCUUGCGCGCGUCCAGGUAGCUUUCCGUGCUCGCUCCGAUUGAGAGCGUUCGGAGGGUUAUGUUCAUUUUUAUUUAGCACGGCUUUCCGCGAUUGCCUUUGCUUGUGGAGAUGAGCAAAGCAGGCUGUCGCGUGGAGGCUAAAGUGCUGUCUUGCGUCCACGCAGUGUAGACACAGGAUGAGAGCUCGGGGAUUUUUUACCAGUUUAGCAGAGUGCAAAUGCCGCUUCGGUGGACCAGAAAUUCUGGUGGUAGGGCAGAGACCGCUCAAGCGUCUUGGUUGUUGACUAGGGAAAGGACAGCUGUGCGAUACGAAUUCGUGGACGGCAUCGUGGCAAAGAAAUGCGCGUAUCCGUCGCCUUUGAUAUCCGCAAGGAAAUGCAUGCACAGUGUCUGUGUCUUUAUCGACCAUUCAAGGUGUCGACGAGUACAUUUGCCCAGACACCUCUACUCUACACGCAGACGGUGCCGCUUUUUCUGGUUUCCCUCCGGCGUUCCUCUUGCAGAGGAUACCCGGGUUUAUCAACCGAGUUUUCGGUGAGAUUGUCUCAGCCUUCUUGCCAAAUUCUCUGGCCCGUUGUGUUGCUUUUUUCGUGACGUAAGUCUCUCACAUGAGUCGCGAUGAACAAAGAAGGGAUCUUUCCCAAUAGAGUCUGCGGGCAGCGCGGUGCGCGCGCGUCCUCCUUUCUCGAACUCUCUCCUCCGCAACGCUAUUGUCUUUGAUGUACCAUCAUACGGCCACUAACGAGAUCGGUCGCAUUCGUUUCUGCUCGUUUGCCGCGUCCUUCUUAUACAGCCCUCUCUUUCCGCAGUCGGAGUCGCGCCAAGAGUACGGGGUUCCCAGAGAAGCAUCGACGAAGUCUGGUGGCAGUUUUGUACGUUUCGUGUGUAUCCGUGGAAGUAGCACAUAUACGCAAGAGCGACCCUUUGGCAGCGCUAUUGUCUAACUCAUGCGAAAUUCGUAGCCGUUUAUUUAUCAGGAGCUGCUUGCUGACAUUUCCAUUAACGCCAUCGCGCCGUUAAGAGCUGAAUAUGCUGACCGUGUCAGUUUCUCUUAGCUGGAAGAGCUCAAAUCUUGUGGACUUUCUACACUGAGGUGAAACACCCCUGUCUAAUUAAGUACUCAUUUGUUCUUCGGUGACGCUUGCCCGAGCGAUAAUUCAAAGUUGAUAGUCGGUUAUGUAUGUGGUACCUCCCCGGCUAAGCGUCCCCUUUCUUUUAAACGCACUUUCCUUGUCGCCGUUAGUAUGAUCUCAAAGUACCAGAAGGCAAGCGACGUACGUGAAUCUCGGCCCGCAAACUAGGGCAGCGGCAACACAGGGACACACAUACAAAAAUAAACAGCGGGACAUCUUGUUGGCCUUGUUUGGAGUAUUUCGUCGCUGAACAAACGCGUCUUAGUUAACUGUCACCACGAAGACAUGCAUUGUUUCUGGACACAUUCGGUGAACUUGCGGAGGACGUACACGUGACGCAAGGUCUUCAGGACGAUUUCUCCACUGUUCCCAGCUGUCUGGGCGAGAGGCCGGCAAAAUGCUCGCUUUCAGUUUGAGUGUUUCUCUGGAAUUUGAGUGUUCGCGACACUGCCGGGCCAGCCC